GCUUUGGAAUUCCUAAAUGGCUUUCUUCCAUUUUGUGACUAAACUUUAAGAUUAAUGAGUCUAUAGAGAACAACUGAAGUAGAGUUUUCAGCUCGAGAGUCAGACUCAGACAGAUCUCAUGAAACUGAAGCAUCAGAAUUCGCCAGAUCUUACUCAGAGGAAAUUGAAGGUGGCUUCUCUACAGAUCAUAGCCAUGAGGCAGAUGCAGAACCAAAGCCUAUGCUUUGUCCGAUCUGCUAUAUUAAUAUUGAAGUUGAAGACCAGGAUCCACUUGAGUGUGGGCAUAUCUUCCACCCAGAAUGUAUCCGAAUGCAUAUUGAAGCAAAGGUAGAUGCAAGAAGUCUCCCAAUUCCAUGUCCUGACUACAAGUGUGGCACUAUGUUAACUCGUGAUGAGGCUGAUUUUUUUUCAGACGAAAAGCUGUACAACAGGCUUGAGAAGUUGCAGAAAGAGCUCAUAAUUUUACAGAGCAACAACUAUUUCAUCCAGUGUCCUGAGGACGGCUGCGAGUUCAUGGGUGAGUGGGACAAGAAUGAGGAGGAAACCUCCAUUCUGUGCACAGACUGCAACUCUAACUAUUGUGCCAUCUGUAGAGUCCCGUUCCAUCAUGGUAAGAGCUGUGACGAAUACUGUGAGGAAACAGGAAAAAUAAAGAAGCAUCCUGAUCUGCUUACACUGAACCACUUUCAGUAUCUCAUCCAAAGCAAACUGGGCUUCCAGAGAUGCACAAACUGUGACCUGAUUAUUUUAAAGGAAGAAGGAUGUAACCAUAUACGCUGUAUUUGCGGCUACAACCUGUGCUAUACCUGCGGUGGUAGAUAUGGACAUUGUAGAUGCAUUCAUUAAUACUCUUCAA